GCCAGUAGCAACACUGCAACAACAACCAUGUUCGCCAUCUACGUUACACCCGCUGGCCAUUCUGUGCUUCUGUUGCUGAUCGUAGCAAGCAUUCCUGCAGUUAUUACAGCUGUGUACCAAAAUGGCAUUGGAACAGGAAAGAAUUCUGAAGCCAAUUUCUAUCUGGAUGGAAUGCAGCAAGGAUACAUUGAGAAAUUCAAUGAUGUCCAAGUCGUGCCUUUUCUUGUUUCCAAGGAUGGUUUCCAACUACGGAAGAGAGCCGAGAAGAAACAGUGCCACAUUUUAGUGCAGAAAACUGAAUUGCAACAAGGAACAUGUACUACACUUGCCAACCAUACUCCAGCCUGCCAUAAUGAUCAAUACUUGGCCAUCAACUUAAACGAAUGUUAAGUUCCAAGAAACAACGAAGCUGUCAGUAGUUGUUUAAUAGUCCUAAUAAUUAAUAGAUGUUUAAUGCUUGAAGUGAUACUCAUUAAUUAUUAUUAACUACUCACGUUACUAGUUG